GGAGCUUGACUAUUGAACUUAUUACUGUUGUCUGCAGUGAUAUCAUAACACUGCAAUAUGAAGGAGCGCUCAUAUGGUCGCCACCCGUCUUCAUCCCCAGGCGAUCCCUGAGACAGGUGCUGUAACUGGGGCAUGGAUGGCACGGGGAGCAAGAGGAGGAGGAAGGAUGCCAGUUGAGCCCCUCGGUCCUCUGAAAGUACCACCACUGCCAGCAUCAGACUAAGAGAGAGAGAGAGAGGAAAUGGCUCAGUCUGUGAGGAGGCCUGAGACUCUGGGCACCAUGGACCUGAAGCUUCAGCGGGACACAAACAGGACCAGCUACUUUGGCAACGUCAAGACCAGGCUGGGCUCCAAGCUGUCUGCUGGCAUCACACAGCCACCAGAGGUCAGUAAGCGACCCUGGGAGACCCAGCCUCAGGCCCGAGUUGCCCAGGAGUCCACAGCCAGCGGCCAGCAUCACCAUCAACCCUUUGUGGGUCGGCCGCUCAACCACAUCCCCCACAUCAGGAACCCCAAGCUGCGGCAGUACUACCUGCAAGGCACUUCAUGGGAGCUGAACAACACUGCAGUGCAGCAAGGGGAGAAGAGUGGAGCGCCAGAUGACAGAUCAAGCGGCAGCAAGGGCCUCCCAGAGGACACGGUGUUCAGCGUCACCUCUCAAUUCAACAGCAACAGCCAAUCUUCAGCAGACGCCACCAAGAUGGCCCACGCUCCCCCAUAUUCCUCUUCACAUUUGUCCUCCACAUCCUCUACCCUCGUCCCUCGAGAGCAGCUACUUGUACCGAAGGGGAAAAAGACCUCCACUAUUCAAGGAUCUUCUCUACCAGAAGUGAACUUGGAUGCUGAAACUGAACUAAGGCUGCAAGCAGAGCUGGAGGCUGAUGCACAAUCCUCUGCCACACUCCCUGCUCAGCCCCACUCCCCCUCACCAGAGGCUGAAUAUGACAAGCUGCUGGAUGUGGAGGCGGUACCAAUGCCAGAUGGACAGCUAUGCCUACUGGCUCUCCCACCAGAGUGCUGCCAGGGCGAGGGGCCCGGGGCCAUGCCGUACCUCAAGCUCGUCUGUCGCUACAUCACCGACCGCAAGGGUGUGGUGUCAGGUAUCUUAUUGGUGACAUCUAAUAAGAUUUUCUUCGACCCGUGUAAGACCCAUCCCCUGGUGAAGGAGCAUGGCUGCGAGGAGUACCUCCUGUCAUGCUCCGUCGACUCUCUGGCAUCUAUUUCCUUCUUCUCAGACAUCACACAUGUUCACUUCAGCUCUAACCAGUACAGGAGGAAAGGGAAGAAAAUUAUCCAGAGGUGUAAAACAGCCAUCAGCCUAGAGGGAAGCUCCUCUAACCAGAGAGGAGAGGCUUCGCCAGCUUCAUCAGACCUGCAGUCGAGUCUGGCUCUCAGCCCGAAUAAUCAGGUUUCUGAGGAUGAGGGGACGGAGGGCAGAGACAUGGCCGAGGCCGAGAGGGAGCUGGAUAGCAGCCCACUGGAGGAGCUGGCCGAGCAGUCUGCAGGGGGGCUGGGGGUGGCUGUCCUGAGCAGUGCUGCCACCUUCUGUUGUGUAGGACAAGAUGCGGGCAGUAAAGUAAAGACGGAGCUGCGGCACGCAGACGAGACUCAGACAGCAGUGCCUCGUAAACUUUCGUCAGGUAGUGCUGGGGGUCUGAUGUUCGUCCGGCUGCGGGUCCAGUGGUCUGCAGGGAAGAAAAAAGGCAUUGGAGGCCUUCAGCUGGGGUCAGCCAAAACCUCACCCAAAAAGGAUGCCUGGCUGGCCCUGUCACAAGAGAGCUCAGAUGAGCUGUAUGCCUACCUGAGCCGCUGUCGGCCAGACCUCUGUAUAAUAGAGGGAAGAGAGGAGGACGUAGAGGCAGAAGGCGACGAAGAGGAGUUUGUAGUGAUUGAGGGCAAAGAGGAGGAGGAAGAGGAGAUCGAGGAAGAGGUGUUGCAGAGGCAUCGCCGCUCAGGCGAAGACUGGGAGAUGGUGUUGAUGGAGGAGAGUGGGGACAAGCCAACCCUUGUCAUUGACAGGGACCCUGAGGGAGUAAAUGAGAUUGUAGAUCAGAGCCGCAUUUUAGAAGCUUCACAUGUGAGAGAGCUAUGUGUGGAAUUGCCUCCCAGGACUGUCGGCCACACCUGGCAGCUGGUUUACAGUACGUCCCACCACGGCGCCAGCCUCAAGUCCCUGUACCGCAAACUGAGUGGCACAGAGUCCCCUGUGCUCAUUGUCAUCAAGGAUGCACUCGACCAGGUGUUUGGGGCCUUCCUCUCCCACCCGCUGAGGCCUAGUGAGACAUUUUACGGCACAGGAGAAACAUUCCUCUUCAUGUUGCAUCCUCGUUUCAAGUGCUUCAGAUGGACCGGAGAAAACUCCUUUUUCAUUAAAGGAGACUGGGAUUCCUUUGCAAUUGGCGGAGGCAGUGGUCAUUUUGGUCUGUGGGUGGAUGAGGCUUUGUAUCUGGGCCGCAGCAGACCCUGUCACACUUUCAACAACUGUUGCCUCUCUGAAACUGAUGACUUCCGGGUCAUGGAGCUGGAGGUGUGGACAUUCAGCUGAGAUGACUGGAUGACUGUUCCUUUGCAUUAGAGGCAGCCCAUCUCUGCUGGUUGACUUUAUCCAGACAGCAUUCAUCACUGAACAAAAACACUCACAGCUGCAUUACAUAACUUCCAAGUUAAAAAAAAAAAAAAAAAAAAAAAAAAAAAAAAUCAACCACACUUUGCUG